AUGUGGAAAGGCUUGCUAUUAAGUGCAGUGUUGCUUGUCUUAGCCGAGAGCAAAUCGGCCGGCAGUCGGAACGAGCCACGCAAGUUCCCCGACGGGUUCCUGUUCGGAACGGCCACUGCUUCCUACCAAAUAGAGGGCGCUUGGGAUGAAGAUGGAAAAUCGGAAAACAUUUGGGACCAUUUGACUCAUACCGAUCCUUGCGCUGUUAAAGAUUGCUCCAAUGGAGACAUCGCGGACGACUCGUACCAUUUAUAUAAAAGAGACGUAGAGAUGAUGAGGGAACUUGGCAUCGAUUACUACAGAUUUUCUCUGUCUUGGACUCGAUUAAUGCCCACCAGCUUCCCCGAUCAAAUAAACCCGGCAGGCGUAGAAUUUUACAAUAACUACAUCAACGAAAUGCUAAAAUAUAAUAUAACACCUAUGAUUACACUGUACCAUUGGGAUUUACCUCAAAAGCUGCAGGAAAUGGGCGGUUGGACGAACCCUAACAUUGUUGACUGGUUCGCCGACUACGCUCGUACUGCAUUCGAGUUAUUCGGAGACAGAGUCAAGUUCUGGAUCACAUUCAAUGAGCCUCACGUAUUCUGCUAUUACGGCUACGGUGACGUGUCCAUGGCGCCUCGACUAAAUAUCAAGGGGGUAGCAGAGUAUUUAUGCUCGAAGAAUAUGCUUAUGUCACACGCUAAAACUUGGCAUAUGUAUGACGAGGAAUACAGAUCGAAACAGAGCGGCACCGUUAGUAUUACGUUAAGCUCCACUUGGUAUGAACCAGAAGAUGAAAACAACCCGGAUCAUAUUCAAGCCGCUGAAGAUGCCAACCAAUUUGAUUGGGGCCAAUACGCUCAUCCUAUUUUCUCGGAGAAUGGAGGUUAUCCACAGGAAAUGGUGGACAAUAUAGCUGCUAAGAGCGCGGCGCAAGGGUACUCCAAGUCCAGAUUACCCGAAUUCACCGAAGAAGAAAAGGCUUACGUUCGCGGGACAUCCGACUACUUCGGCCUGAAUCAUUACUCUUCGUUACUAGUAUACAGAAAUGAAACUGUACAGGGAUAUCAUGCCACUCCUUCUUUCCGGGAUGACAUGAAUGCAAUUACAUACAACACAGAUGAUUGGAAAAUUGGAGCAUCAGAUUUUGUUAAAUACACGCCUUGGGGAUUCUACAAGAUCUUAACUAAGAUAAGGAAGGACUACAACAACCCGCCGGUGUACAUCACGGAGAACGGUUUCGCGACGCUGGGAGGGUUGGCGGACGAGGACCGCGUGCAGUACUACUGGGGCUACCUGGACGCCAUGCUGGACGCCAUCGACGAGGGCUCCGACAUCAGGGGCUACACCGCCUGGAGCAUCAUGGACAACUUCGAAUGGAUGCAGGGCUACACAGAGCGGUUUGGUCUGUACGAGGUGGACUACUCGGACCCGGCUCGGCCGCGCACCCCCCGCAAGUCCGCUUUCGUCUACAAGGAAAUAGUCCGUUCGCGCACCCUCGACCUCGACUACGAACCCACCGCUACUGUCAUGACUAUCGACGAAGGACAUAGUUUAAGUUCAGUAUUGCUUGUCAUGGCCGAAGGCAAAUCGGCCGGCAGUCGGCACGAGCCACGCAAGUUUCCCGACGGGUUCGUGUUCGGAACGGCCACUGCUUCCUACCAAAUAGAGGGCGCUUGGGUUGAAGAUGGGAAAUCGGAAAACAUUUGGGACCAUUUAACUCAUACCGAUCCUUGUGCAAUUAAAGAUUGCUCCAAUGGAGACAUCGCGGACGACUCGUACCAUUUAUAUAAAAGAGAUGUAGAGAUGAUGAGAGAACUUGGAAUCGAUUUCUACAGAUUUUCUCUGUCUUGGACUCGAAUAAUGCCCACCAGCUUUCCCGAUCAAAUAAACCCGGCAGGCGUGGAAUUUUACAAUAACUACAUCAACGAAAUGCUAAAAUAUAAUAUAACACCUAUGGUUACACUGUACCAUUGGGAUUUGCCUCAAAAGCUGCAGGAAAUGGGCGGUUGGACGAACCCUAACAUUGUUGACUGGUUCGCCGACUACGCUCGUACUGCAUUCGAGUUAUUCGGAGAUCGGGUCAAGUUCUGGAUCACUUUCAAUGAGCCACACGCUACCUGCCGUCCCGGUUACGGUGACGUGACUAUGGCGCCGCGACUAAAUAUCAAAGGAAUAGCAGAGUAUUUAUGCUCUAGGAAUAUACUUAUGUCACACGCAAAAACUUGGCAUAUGUAUGACGAAGAGUACAGAUCAAAACAGAGCGGCACCGUCAGUAUUACGUUGAGCUCCACUUGGUAUGAGCCUGAAGAUGAAAAUAACAUGGAACAUGUUCAAGCCGCUGAAGAUGCCAACCAAUUUGAUUGGGGCCAAUAUGCUCAUCCUAUUUUCUCGGAAAACGGUGGUUAUCCACAUGAAAUGGUUGAAAACAUAGCUGCCAAGAGCGCUCUGCAAGGGUAUCCUAAAUCCAGAUUACCCGCAUUCACCGAAGAGGAAAAGGCAUAUGUUCGCGGGACAUCAGACUACUUCUGUCUGAAUCAUUACUAUUCGACAUUAACGUACAGAAAUGAAACUGUACGCGGAUAUCACGCCACUCCUUCUUUCUGGGAUGACAUAAAUGCAAUUACAUACACUUUAGAAGAUUGGACAUUUGGAGCAUCAGGUAAAGUUAAAUACACGCCUUGGGGAUUCUACAAGAUCUUAACUAAGAUAAGGAAGGACUACAACAACCCGCCGGUGUACAUCACGGAGAACGGUUUCGCAACGCUGGGAGGGUUGGAGGACGACGACCGCGUGCAGUACUACAGGGGCUACCUGGACGCCAUGCUGGACGCGAUCGACGACGGCUCCGACGUCAGGGGCUACACCGCCUGGAGCAUCAUGGACAACUUCGAAUGGAUGCAGGGCUACAUAGAGCGAUAUGGUUUGUACGAGGUGGACUACACGAACCCGGCUCGAACACGCACCCCCCGCAAGUCCGCCUUCGUCUACAAGGAAAUAGUCCGUUCGCGCACCCUCAACCCCGACUACGAACCCACCGCUACUGUCAUGACUAUCGACGAAGGACAUUGAUUGAUUGAUCUCAAACUUA